UGGAACCACGUGAUAGAGAAGUGCCCGCCCUUCUCUGGCUCUUCUCAGGGGACUGAAGGCCCCACGGCCCCAUUUUAGCGCUGUUUAUCUUAUUGCCAGAUUUAUGACUUAUCCUGCCACCUAGACCGAAGAUCCUAACGCUAUGCAAAGAGGGAAGAAAUCAAUGGGGAGGGCUGGGCUGAACCACAGAAGAGAGGUUGGGGACCAGAUACGGAUGUUAGGCGCAGAGACCCGUCCCGCGCCCCUGGCAUUUAAGAAGACAGGUCCUGAAGGGGCUUUAACAGCUGCGGCGCGGUCGGCGCGGUCGUGCCACCCUUAGACGUAGUUCUGUGCUUGGCCGUGUGCCGUUUUGCUUUCUACUUGUGGCUGCCACUUCAUUCUCGGUGCUGCGGAAUCUACUGCCCAGCACCGAAGCGUGAGGGCCUCCGUAGCUCCACCGUUUCUAGUAGCCUGCCGGCGUUUUUUCUCUGGCUCUACCAUGCCGACGGUGCUGGGUUUUGAAGGCAGUGCCAACAAGAUUGGUGUGGGAGUGGUGCGUGAUGGCAACGUGCUGGCGAACCCGCGACGAACUUAUGUCACACCUCCGGGCACAGGGUUCCUUCCAGGUGAUACUGCCAGGCAUCACCGGGCUGUUAUCCUAGACAUUCUGCAGGAGGCACUAACAGAAGCUAGAGUAACCUACCAGGAUAUCGACUGCAUUGCUUACACCAAAGGUCCUGGCAUGGGUGCCCCAUUGGUUUCUGUAGCCAUUGUGGCCCGUACUAUGGCCCAACUAUGGAAUAAACCAUUGCUAGGUGUGAACCACUGUAUAGGCCACAUUGAAAUGGGCCGUCUCAUCACUGGAGCCACCAGCCCAACUGUGUUGUAUGUCAGUGGAGGAAAUACGCAGGUGAUUGCCUACUCAGAACGUCGUUACCGCAUAUUUGGUGAAACCAUCGAUAUUGCUGUUGGUAAUUGUCUGGAUCGUUUUGCUCGAGUGCUGAAGAUUUCCAAUGAUCCUAGUCCAGGCUACAACAUUGAACAGAUGGCAAAGAGAGGCAAAAAGCUUGUUGAGCUGCCAUAUACUGUAAAGGGAAUGGAUGUCUCAUUCUCAGGGAUUCUGUCUUUCAUUGAGGAUGUAGCCCAACGGAUGCUGGCCACAGGCGAGUGUACUCCUGAGGAUCUAUGUUUCUCCUUGCAGGAAACUGUGUUUGCAAUGCUGGUAGAGAUCACAGAGCGAGCCAUGGCGCAUUGUGGUUCCCAGGAAGCCCUCAUUGUGGGAGGUGUGGGGUGUAUGUAUCAUUGAAUGGUGUUCCUGGUUCAUAUUCUUGGCUUUAUGUAUCUUCCUCCUAAUAUUCUAAAUCUAUGGGUUUGGGAAAAUGAUCAGUUUCACUUUUGCCCUGUGUAUUCCAAUUCUUGCCCCCAGUCCCCUGC